AUGCCUGCAAAAGUGAUCGACGAGGAGCAAUUACCAGCAUCGGCGCCAGAUGAAAAUGAGCUGCUUGAUGUAAUCAUUAUCGGUGCCGGCCCAUGCGGGCUGGGAGUUGCUUCCCGGUUACAGGAGGAGACACCUGCAGCUGUGUUCACGGAUGAGGAGCAUCAACGUUAUCACUGGAUAAAGAAACAUACAGGGCGAAUGCCCCUCUUGCAGGCUCACCAUGGAAAAAUGAAGGGUGUGAAGGCCACAAAAUAUAAUGCAAUCAAAGCGGAUAGCGAAGGUAUCAAAUAUUCAGCUCUUGAAAGGCCACGGUACUCGACACUUAUUUUGGACUCGUCGGGAGAUCAGUGGCUGUCCAAGUGGAGGCGGUCUUUCCGCUUGCUAGAAAUUCCGCAGCUGAGAAGCCCGAUGUUUUUCCACGUUGACCCUGCGGAUCUUGAUGGAAUGCUUGCUUAUGCAAGAGAAACACAAAGAGAGAAAGAACUCUGGGAGCUCCCUGGGUGCGUUGGAAAAGAGUUGAGCAAACACAAAAAGAAAAAACGAUCGAAUGCACAAACGACAGGAGAACCCGAGAUCGAUGAGCGAGAUCGAAAAGACUAUUAUUCACCAGGAACUGAUUUCUUUUUUGAUUAUUGCGAUUCAAUCGCUGCCCGGUACAAGUUGGACAACUUAGGGCGGAUUCUAAAACAAGAGGUUGACAGCAUAAAGUUCGAUUAUCACCCACACUUAUCAGAGACAGAUAAAAUUUUUACAGUAGCCACCAAAGAAGGGAGGAUAUUCUGUAGUCGUGCGGUGGUGCUGGCAGUUGGCCCAGGGGAGGAAAGGAAUUUUCCCUGGAAGCUCUCAGCAGAAGAGAAAAAAGGGGCGAGUCAUAUUUUUGAUAUAAUGAGACUUCCAAGUCCAGUUAUCAAAGAGAAGAUAAAGGCACGUCGUGAGACCAAUGUCCUAGUGGUUGGUGGCGGACUUACCUCUGCUCAAAUAUCAGAUGUUAUAAUCAAGAAAGGGACAACGAAAGUAUGGCUACUCAUGCGAAGUGACCUCAAAGUUAAAUACUUUGACGUACCUCUUAACUGGGUUGGUAAAUUCAAGAAUUAUGAGAAGGCUGUUUUCUGGUCGGCGGAUGACGAUGACGAGCGACUCCAAAUGAUUCUUGUGGCACGGAACGGUGGCAGUAUCAACCCAAGAUAUCACAAGAUCCUCAAAGACCACGUCGCGAACGGGCGAGUUUCGCUCCAUACGCGAACACAAAUCAGCACAAAGAAAUAUGACCCAUGCUCCAGGACAUGGGCGAUCACCACAGACCCGCCAAUACCGGACCUGCCUGCGAUGGAUUACAUUUACUUUGCGACUGGUGUCAAGACCAACGUAAAUGAAAUGCCCAUGUUGAGAUACAUUAACCAGGAGUACCCGAUUGAAAGCAAAGACGGAAUGCCUUGUAUCACAAACGACCUCAUGUGGAAGGACGAUAUGCCGCUGUUCUGUACCGGACGGCUAGCGACGUUACGUCUCGGACCAGCUGGGCCAAACCUCGAGGGUGCAAGGGGAGGAGCAGAGCGUAUAGCUUGGGCACUGGACGAGAUCUUAGGCAAACGGGAAUACGAGGCCGAUGAACCAUCUCGAAUCGCAUUUUCUGGAUUGGGAAACCGAUACGCCGGGCUUUCUAAUGUAGAGUGA